AUGACGUUGACAAAUCACCCCGCUGCUGGUCGUCCUGCCGCCACCAAUCGCCCGGCCGCCACCGGUCGCCCCCGCGGUCCCACCACCACCGGUCACCAACGGUCACCCGGCCACUGCCCGUCGCCCCCAGUCGCCCACUGGUCGCCCGCCACCGGUCGCCCUGCUGCUGCCAGUCGCCUAGCCGCCGCCGGUCGCCCCACCACGGUCGCCCCACCACCGGUCGCCAACCGCCGCUGGUCGCCCGGCUACCACGAUCACCCGUCGGUCCCCCCAGUCGCCCACCACCACCGGUCACCCCACCGGUCACCGGCCACUGCCAGUCGCCCCACCAGUCGCCCCCGUCGCCCGCCACCGUCGCCUGCUGCUGCAGCGCCUAGCCGCCGGGUCGCCCCACCACGUGCCCACCACCGGUCGCCCAACCGCCGCGGUCGUCCGGCCGCCACCGGUCGCCCGGCCACCAGUUGCCCCGCCGGUCGCCUCGCCGGUCGUCCGACCGCCACCAACAGUCAACCUGCUGCGGCUGGCAAUUGUCCCGCCGGCUGA